GCAACCGCCCCCGCGUCUCGCGUAUAGGGACCCUGAACAAAAGAAAGUGUGACAUGCAUGCCGUCUGAAUUUAGUCCAAUUCGAAAUUUGAUUAUCGUCUGAAGCAUUGCGCGCGCAGUCUCUCCAGCAAAGUUUUCUUCCCACACACGUCUAUCAUGGCCUGGUGGCCCUUCUCAAGCUCAGGCGCAGACGUCGCGGCGAAGCAACAAUCCCAAAGCAUAUCCUCAGCAGCGCCAGUCCAAAAGCCCAGUGAUGCGCCUACAUCGGUAACAGGGCAACCGCCAUCCUCUGCGCCACACGAUCCCGACUUCUACGCCGCACACCCACACCUCGCGCCUCCCUCCUUCUCCUCAAAUACCGUUUCAUCGUCAACGUCGCAAGCCGCACCCGCAGAUGCCUCUACUACGGAAGAAUUCGACCCAUCACUCCCACGUACAAUGUCAUGCCGCGCCGCCUUCGACUCGGCCUUUUACUGUAGUUCGCUCGGCGGCCACUUCAACGACAUAUAUCGCUAUGGACAACUACGGUCUUGCUCCGAACAUUGGAAUGACUUUUGGUUCUGCAUGCGCACAAAGAACAGCUAUAGUGGGCAGGAUGUCAAAGAGAGGAUGAUACAGGAUCGCUAUCGGGAGAAAGAGAAUACUUUGAAGAGCGGACCGAACAGCGAGCACGUCUGGAGGAAGAGAGGUCCAGGUGAGGAAGUCAAGGGAGCCUUCAGUAAGGCGGCUGAGGAGUAAAUACGACGGAGUAGGAUAUACGUGUACGAUAGCUACCUGUACAACAUGAUAAUGCGUUAUGUGAGACAUGAGGCGUUAAGAUUCAAUACACAUUUUCGGCACACC